AUGAAGCUCGUGUGUACUAAAAGUCUCGUCGCGAGAAGUUUUACGUCCGAUGUUUCCAGCACAGCCAAGAGCUUUGAGCAUUGGGAUACAUGUAUGGCAAACAAAACCUGUAAGAUCAUCGCGAUUGUCGGGAUAGUGCUGGCAUCGAUUGUCGCUUUUUGGAUAGUAGGGUCGUUGUUGAGGUGCAUUCGACAAGGUUCUGAGGGUUUUGCAGAUUUCUGCUGUUGGUGCUGCGGAUCAAGUAGAAGACGGGCGAGAGUUGAUCAAACGAUGCCAGCUCCUGGGACAGGGUACAUGCCAGGCCCAACGGUCGCGUACCAGCCAGUACGGGCUCCUCAAAUGGCAUAUUACCGUGGGGACGAUUUUUACGAUGAACACAGCCCCAGUCAGGUCGAAGAAGUCGAACAAGAUUUCGACCUGGACGCGCGAAAAAACAAGCAUAUGCGCGAUAGACGUGAAAGCGUCCCUCUGGUGUACGACGACGCACCUGAAGAACACGAAUUAACUACUUAUCAUCCGCAAAUGAACACUUUUGCUCCUUCGUACUCUACGCACCCGAGUUUCGCACCAAUGUCGCAGCCAAGGCCCGCCAGGUAUUCACCUACGCGACACCAACCGGGGCCCUAUCCUGCUGACGAUGAAUCGAAUGUUUACAACCCGUACCGUCACGGGAACUAUUAG